AUGAGUUUUGGCUGGGGCUUGGCUCUGCUUUGCUAUUUAAGUCUAUGGGACUUAGCCAGGACCUCUAAUGUUCUCUACCUGCAGAAGCCGAAUUCCACCACCAGACCUGGAUUCCCCAGACCCAUGAACACCAAUGACCCCGGCGUUCGCAGAGCCGCUCGCUUUGGGGUUUAUCGCUAUAACAACAGCUCAAACGACAUUUUUCUAUUCAAAGAGUCUCGUAUAACUAAAGCAAUGGUGCAGGUAGUCAGAGGGCUGAAAUACAUGCUGAAUGUGGAAAUUGGCCGGACGGUGUGUGACAAGAGGGGACACUCCAACUUGGACAGCUGCGACUUUCAGAAGAAGAAAAAGCUGCAACAAAUGUUCAGAUGCUAUUUUGAGGUCUGGACUAUCCCCUGGCUACACCGAGUCCAAGUGCUGCUUGCUCUCUGUCACUGAUCCAGCUUCCCCAGCCACAGCCACACCUGCCUCAAUGCACUCACAGUGAGGAUUUCGGUACUGUCUGUUUUCUGUUAGCAGCAGAGACCAGUGAAGAAUUGCUGCAAAGAGAUUAUUCCAGUGAAUGGCUCUUUUUCAAGUAUGACUCCUUGGGAAGAUAGUUGAAAAGUCUACACCACAAAACCCACCGAGCAACAGGAUCUUAGCGAAUCAGGUUAAUGUUUACUGCUGUCCAGCUGAGGCAUUUUGACAAAUUAACUAACCUGCAGAAGACAGUUUUAUUUCUCCAAUUGACACUGGCCCACCAGUCAGAUGGAAAGUAAACUAGAUUCUAACUGCAUUAGCUGAAACAUCCACAUACAGUCUAAAUGGACUAUGGUGGCCAGCUGUAUAUGAUUUCAGCUGCUGUAUGGCAGAAGUGACACAAACUAGGCAGCACUUGUACAUUAUCCACAAUAACCUAUCCAUGCACAUGCUGAGAAAUCUUAGGGAAAAUGUUGUUUUGCCAUCUCCUGCAGCAUGGGGCAUGGGUCACUUGCUGGUGGAUUCUCUGCAGCUUGAGGUCUUCAAACCACAAUUUGAAGACUUCAAUAACUCAGGCAUAGGUUAGGGGUUUGUUAUAGAAGUAGAUGGGUAGGGUUCUGUGGCCUGCUUUGUGAAGGGGGUCAGACUAGAUGAUCACAUUGGUCCCUUCUGACCCUAGAAUCUAUGAAUCUAUUCUAAGAGGAAUAAAUUGUCUGCACAGUUUUAUUUUACUGAAACUCGGUUACUUGAUUAUAUUUUUGUAAUUCAUCUGGGAAUUAAGCUACACUCUGUUCAGUGUCCAGUUAUUCGCCUUUUCCACUUGAAAUGUUGGUUGCCAAGAGCUCAGGUCUAAGAGGGUGAAUCAGCUCCCAAUGGCACUCGAUAACCCUUCAUCACUGACUCUUCUCACCUGUGCUUCACGCUGAAUGGCCAAACCCACUUGGGCCAUCAGCCGGAGUC